AUGCUGUCACCGGACACCCGUGUUGACGACAGCAAAUCGACCAACAACCCCUCCCGAGUCCCCUACUUCGUCCCCGUCCAUCUCCAAUCUCGGCCACCUACGCACUCCCCCGAAGUCUCGAACGUGUUCCGUGCAUUGGAUUCGGCGAGACAGGCGGGCCUCUGGACUCACCCUGACGAUAAUAUCAACGGGCUAGAUGUGCUGUCUUUUAUGCGCUUUGGAGGCAAGGAAUACGACUCGGUACGAUUCCAUUCUCACUUUCCUUGCACAGCGUUCCAGGAUCCCCAAAAGCCCAUCGCAUCUUGA